AUCACUAACAAAAUAACAUGCAGGGUUUGUGUCUCAUACAUAGAAUGAAAAUUCAAUUUUAUGAGAACUCAGAAUAAAAUCUCAUAAACCAAACCAAAGUUAAAAAUUAAAACAAGCGCCGAUUUUCAGAUGUUACUGUCCGCACAAAUCAAAAUCCCUAUGUUACAAUUUCCCCCAAAUUCAAAACCCUAACCCUAACAAUAAUUUUUGGCCACAACAUGAGCAAUGAGAUCGGACAGAAACCUCCACCGUCAAUACUCGUUGGCAGAUUCAAGGCUCUGUUGAAGCAACGUGAAGAUGAUCCAAGGCUUAGAAAUUCACAACCUCCUUCAACUGAAGAAAUUGUUCAGAUUUACGAAUUGUUAUUGUCGGAACUCACGUGUAAUGUGAAACCUAUCAUCACUGAUCUCACUAUCAUUGCUGAACAACAUAGGGAACAUGCUAAAGGAAUCGCUUAUGCUAUUUGCGCUCGUAUUCUUGAGGUGUCAGCAGAUCAAAAGCUUCCUUCACUCUAUCUCCUGGACAGUAUUGUGAAGAAUGUUGGCCAGGAAUAUGUUCGAUACUUCUCCUUACGUCUACCCGAAGUUUUCUGCGAGGCAUACAGACAAGUUCAACCAAGUUUGCAUUCUGCUAUGCGACAUCUCUUUGGUACCUGGUCAAAAGUCUUCCCUCCCUCCGUCUUACAGAAGAUUGAAGUGCAAUUGCAAUUUUCUCAAGCAGUUAAUAAUCAACCAUCCAGUGUUAAUUCCCUCAGGGCUUCUGAAUCUCCUCGACCAAUUCAUGGGAUACAUGUUAACCCAAAAUACAUAAGACAGAUGGAACGCUCUACUUCAAUUAUGGAUGGUGUUGGAGGUGAAAGGUUAGACUCAACAGGAACUGUAGGAAAUGCAAAUUUUGGCCUUGUAGGUAGUAAGAUUCAUCAAUUUGUGCCAGGUAGAGUAGAAAGAUCCUCUUCACCAUCAAGAAUUGGACUUGAUAGGCAUAUGCCCUCAUAUAUGGAUGAAUAUGUAGCUGAAAAUUCUGCUGUCAGGACAGUUGAGAGGGAAUCUUCUCAUCUUGCUGUUGAUCAUGGACUAGCUAAAGGAUUAGGUAGGGAAGAAGAGUUGGGUGAGUGGCCGCGGAAGCAGUUUUCUGGUGAUGGUCGGAAGAGGUUUCAAGCUUCUAUGACAUACAAUCUUAGUAAUGGACAACUGCGUCAAAAUCCAAGAGCUCUAAUUGAUGCCUAUGGUAGUGACAAAAGCCAAGAAACUUCUAGCAGUAAGCCUUUGUUAGUUGAACGGAUGGGUAGAAAUGGUAUUGAUAAGGGUUUGACAACAUCGUGGCAGAAUACUGAAGAGGAGGAGUUUGAUUGGGAAGAUAUGAGUCCAACACUAGUAGACCAUAGUAGGAAUAGUGGUAUCCUGCAAUCAACUAUUGGUUUCUCCUCAGAAAAGCCUGUUACUGUUGCAACCAGUGCAACUUCUUCGGUGUCAAGGAUGUUUCCUGGUCUCAAGUCUAAUAUUGAGUACCGUCCACCAGUCUUGCCGGCAACUUUCGAAGCAAGACACUCUCUAAAUAUGCACGGUCUUCGCCCUCCCAGCUUAAAUCCUGUAUUUCCAUUGAAGAAUCCUGUUAGGAAUCCAUUUGAAUCAAUAAAUGCUAAUGGUAACAUUGUGAGUCAUGGUCUAAUUAGACCUUUUCCUAUACAUGAACAAUCGUUGCAUAGUGUUGAGAACAAUGACAUCAGUAAAAGAAACCUGCAUCAGUUACCUAAUCAGCUAGGUGGUCUGAUUUCAUCUAACCCGCCAAACAGUGGACCAACACCACAAUUACAGUUUUUUCCAUCUCAGGAUCCAGCUGCAUCACAAUUUACUUAUAGGAGCUCUUUGCAAGGACAUGGUGCUGCUAUUAGUACCCCCAUGCCAAAUGCACGACCUGUUAUGCCACUCCCUUUGCCAGGCCAGAGAAUCGCAAACAACUCUUUACAUUUCCAGGGGGGAGCUUUGCGACCUUUACCUCCAACCGGCCCACAUGCUCCAUCCCAGAUGUUACCUCAUCCCAAUCCUAGUCCUUUUGUGUCAAGCCAACAGCCAAGUGUUGGAUAUUCUAAUUUGAUUAGUUCACUCAUGGCCCAAGGUGUAAUCUCAUUGGCUAAUCAAGCCCCUACACAGGAUUUUGUUGGAAUUGAGUUUGAUCCGGAUAUUCUGAAGGUUCGUCAUGAAUCUGCAGUCAGUAGCUUAUAUGGUGAUCUUCCUAGACAGUGCACAACUUGUGGUCUCCGAUUCAAAUCCCAAGAUGAGCACAGCAGUCACAUGGAUUGGCAUGUGACUAAGAAUCGUAUGUCUAAAAACCGUAAACAGAAGCCCUCUCGCAAGUGGUUUGUGAGUGAGAGCAUGUGGCUUAGUGGUGCAGAGGCAUUGGGAACUGAAUCAGCUCCAGGAUUUUUGCCAACCGAAACCACUGAGGAAAAGAAAGAAGAUGAAGAGUUGGCAGUUCCUGCUGAAGAGGACCAGAAUACAUGUGCAUUAUGUGGAGAACCUUUCGAUGAGUUUUACAGUGAUGAAACAGAGGAGUGGAUGUAUAGAGGAGCUGUAUACCUUAAUGCGCCUAAUGGGAUAACGGCAGGCAUGGACAGGUCGCAGUUAGGUCCUGUUAUUCAUGCUAAAUGCAGAUCCGAAUCUACUACGUCCCCAUCCGAAGAUUUUGUGAUGGAUGAAGGGGGCACCUUUGAAGAAGGCAAUCCAAGAAAACGAAUGCGGGGCUGACUAAAGUUGACCAGUUUUGUUCGCUGUAACUUAUGAGUUUUGGAUUAAUGUAUGCUUUUACAAUUUUUUUUUGAAGUAGAGCAGAAUCUUCUGUAAUACAUGGCCUCUUGCCUACAUCAUGUACAUGUAUAGUUGCUCCUGUAACAUGCAUAUUUUAUUGCAGUCAAAGGUUACAUUUAACCUGCAAAUUUUCAGUUCCUUACAUUUAUUGUCCCCAAAAAACCUUUCAAAAUUGUUAUUUCUAUUGCAUUAUUUCUGAGAUGGAGACCGGGGAGCUAGAGGCUUUGUGCUGGAGCAGUAAUUACCAGGAGGAUCCAUGAGCACUUACUGUUUGAAUUGUUGUAUUCAAUAUAAAUGGUGCAUUGAUGAGAAAGAAUAUUACAGUUAUUUGAUCUUUUUUUCCUUCUAUAAUUAUUUCUGCUAGACAUUUUAUUUUA